AUGGACUCCCCCCAAGUCACACAGCUCUUCCGCCAGCUCUUUUCGCAUCGCGCGUCACAAUGUCUCGUCCGUGGAGCUCGCCCAGCGCUCGCGCAAGCUGCCCGCACGCCGCAAACCCAGCACCGCGGGAAAGCUACCAAAGCUGCUCCAAGGUCAACAACACGCCUGGGUGAGGGAGAGACGAAGAGGGAAAGCAGAUGGCAGCCCAGACGGAAUGCAUUUCCCCAUGAGAGGACAGAAGAAUUUGAACGAUACCCUCUGGUCACUUCGGAUAUGCUGCGGAGUCGUAGAGAGCGCCCGAGGAGGGUUAAGAUGCUGCUCAGAGACUUCAUAGAAGACAGCUUAUACAAUCCCCACUACGGCUACUUUUCCAAACAGGUCGUCAUUUUCUCGCCUGGCGAACCUUUCGAUUUCCCCUCGCUCCCCUCCGAACACGCCUUCUUCCAAUCCCUCCGUCACCGCUACACUGCUUUUGAAGAUGCGCUGGACUAUCAAGAGCCAAACGAUCUCCGUCAGCUUUGGCACACACCUACCGAGCUAUUCUCUCCAUACUACGGCGAAGCAAUCGCGCGUUACCUUGUCGAGGAUUACAAAUAUAGUUCGUAUCCAUACCACGACCUCAACAUCUACGAGAUGGGUGCCGGAAACGGAACCAUGAUGUUGAAUAUUCUGGACUAUAUUAGGGACUGCCACCCCGAAGUGUACGAGCGGACAAGAUACAAGAUCAUUGAGAUUACUACUCAGUUGGCGGACCUGCAGCAGCAAGGUCUGGGACACAGCGCGUAUGCGAGAGGCCACGCUGACAAAGUCGAAAUCGUAAACAAGUCAGUCUUCGACUGGGACCAAUACGUCUCCAGCCCGUGCUACUUCCUUGCACUGGAAGUCUUUGACAAUUUCGCGCACGAUGCUUUGAAGUACGACUGGCAGACGGGAACGCCCUAUCAAUCGCAUGUCGUUAUCGAUCCUCGCGGCGAAAUGUUUGAAUACUACUCACGAACAUUAGACCCACUUGCAGCACAAUUCCUUGAAGUGCGGCAUGCGGCUUGCAAAUCGUACCCCCACCCUCUUUCAGGUUCACGCUUCAUGAACAGCAUGCAGUCUCUACUGCCAUUCCGCGAUUCGCUCACGAUGCCGGAAUAUAUACCAACACGUCUCAUGCAGUUCUUUUACAUGCUGUACCAGAAGUUUCCGAACCACAAGCUAAUCAGCAGUGACUUCCAUAAACUGGCCGAUGGCGUGGAAGGAUUGAACGCACCAGUGGUGCAGACGAGGUAUAAGAGGCAGAUGAUACCUGUUAGCACACCUCUUGUUCACCAAGGCUACUUCGAUAUCCUGUUUCCCACGGACUUCGACGUCAUAGAGCCCAUGUACACUGCCAUAACCGGGCGCUUCGCUCGCACAUAUUCCCACGAAGUCUUCAUGUCCGGUCGAGCAGACAUCGAAGAGACGCAGACCCGGAACGGAGAGAACCCGUUGCUGAGCUGGUACAAGAACGCCAGUGUCAUGAUCACGGUGUAG